AUGAUUCUAAUUGUUGUUAUUUUAACACUAUCGUUAAUUAUAAUUUAAGUGAAUAGAGAAUAAAUAUAGAUAUUUUAUACAUGCUUAUUAAUAAUUUUUUUCUCAACAGCACUUUUUGGAUGCACUGAGUACAUAAGAGAGUAAUUCUCUGAUGUUUUAAUAAAUAACUUAAAAAGUCAGAAUGAAAUACAAAUGAAUAAUUGGGUUUAUAAAUCAACUUAUAACUUUUUAUUGUAAUAUAAAAGUUAGUCUAAAUUUUCUAUAAUUAGAUUAUUAUGUUUGUAAAGUGCAGUUGCUAUUUUCUAUUUGGGUUAUAAUAUUAUUUUUAAGACUUAAUAUAUAUGUUUGGAUGAUGAAAAUGAUAAUUAUAAUUGGUGUGGAACUACUUAUGAAAAUGAAAGUUAAUAUUCUAAUGAUCAUAAUUAAACUAAAAAUUUAUAGGAAAGUGAAAAAAAUGAUUAUUGUUCGAACAAAAUAGAAAUUUAAGGGCCGGUGCUAAUAUUACUAGGGAUAUUAUGCUAAAUAGUGUCAUUAAUAUUUAUAAUAUAUGAGAUCUUAAGUAUCAUUUAAUGGAUUUACUUGAGAUUUACUUUAGGUUCCUGGCCUUCAUAUUAACAAGAUACCUAAAACAUUAGUAAUCAUUAAUAUUAUUCAAUAGAUAUUCCAUAAACAAUAAUUUAAACUAAAGUAUUUAGCAUAAUCCUCUUUAUUUAUUAUUUUGCUAAAUUUAUAGGUCUUUUAUGGAUGAGAAUUUUAGGUCUAACCGAACUUUAAGUUAUUUUAAUUAUAUCUUCAUAUUGUUACUAUUUUGUAAUUUAAAUAUCCUUAAUAGGUUUAUUUUUUUAGUGUAAUAAUAUAUUUAAAUAUUAGUUGUAUUCGAUUAUAAAGUAGAUAAUAAAUUACAGUACAAUGAUUAUUAAAUAUACAUAGAUUCAAUAUUAAGAAUGAAUUACUGUGAAAUAAGAGUAUUUAAAUUCUUAUUAACAAUAUGUUUUAUUUUCACAAUCAUAGGAAUGUCAUUAUCUUAAAUUUAGAUAGACACAUCAUCUGAUGAAAUUAUUAAUUUAGAUUUAAUUAUUUAUUAUGAAUGUGGAAUAACUUAAUUAAUAUAACUAGGACUGAUACUUAUAAAAUAUAUAAUUAUCCCAUAUUUCACUGAUCGAAAUAGUAGGUAUUUGGCUUAAAUUCAUUAAGAAGUAUAAACGCAAAAUGUAGAACGCUUAUAAAUAAAUAUAUAAUAGUAAUUGUCUUAAGAAAGAACAAAUUAUAUUUUCAUAAAUAUUAAUGAUUAAAACAAUAUACCUUAAUAUAGAAGCUAACUGCCUAUUUUAUAUAUAAAUAAAAAUUUUAUUUUCAAAGUAAAACCCAAAGAGUAAACAGAUUGUGCUAUUUGUUUGGAAAAACUUAUUUAAAAUUCAAAUGAAAAUCCUAUUAUAUAAUUAAAUUGCCACAUUUCUCAUAUAUUUCACUAAUAAUGUAUUGAGUGUUGGCUGAUCAAAUUCAAAAAAUGUCCAUUAUGUAAAGCAGAAUUUUCAUUAUGA